CAUCACUAAUCCGCCUGAUUCCCCAUUCUCCAGCUGGUCUAUCUGCCACAAGACUCGUGUCAGAGACGCUGCCGCUGACAGGAGAAGAUGACAAUGUUUACAUUAUGAGGAGCCUGCGGACAAAGCUAGAAAAAUAGACCCAGAAGUGAAGGAACUGCCCAUCCAUGGCCAACCCCACCCAUCGGCUUGAUGUACUGUGAAAGAGAAGAGAGUGGACUAGAAUUACUGCUGCCAACUGCCAUGGAGGAAACUCAGCCCAAACCUGCAACCCCGGAGCCCAGCCCUGUACACACUCCAGCACCAAGUCCAGCACCCAGUCCAGCACCCAGCCCACUCUUGGACAGGAUUGCGUUGCCCUCACCAAACAAUGUGGAGCACUUGAGUGUGAAUCAGAUCCAGGUGGUGGUACGGAGAUGCUCCAGUCCAAAUGUCACAGAGGAGACCACAUAUUUUCUCCCUCGAAACCCUGUUGUGGAUGCUGGCACCAACACGGACCCCCCUGUCGUCUGCUGCCCCUUGCUCCACAGAUUUUGCCCAUGUCCACCAAGAGGCCUUCUGGCCUCUCUCAUUACAAAAGUCCUUUUGGCAGCUGUGCUCUUUGGAGUGGUGUGGUCCAUCACCGAGAAAGAAUGUCUUCCAGGGGGAAACUUGUUUGGCAUCACAAUCCUCUUCAUCUGUUCGCUCAUCGGUGGGAAAGUGGUGGCUCUCAUCCGGCUGCCAAAACUUCCCCCGUUCCCCCCACUCCUGGGUAUGCUGCUGAUGGGUUUCCUGCUGAGGAACAUCCCAGUCAUAACAGAUGGGGUGUACAUUGACUUCAGGUGGUCUGCGUCCCUGAGGAACGUCGCUCUGGCUGUUAUACUGGCCAGAGCUGGUUUAGGGUUGGAUCCCACGGCUCUGAAGAAACUGAAAGCCGUCUGUGCACGUGUGGCAGCCGGGCCCUGCAUCAUAGAGGCAUGCACCGUAGCGCUGGUCUCUCACUUCCUCAUGGGCUUGCCCUGGGUCUGGGGAUUCAUCCUCGGUUUUGUGCUGGGCGCUGUGUCUCCGGCCGUGGUGGUUCCCUCCAUGCUGCAGCUGCAGAAGGACGGUUACGGCGUGGAGCAGGGCAUCCCCACCCUGCUGAUGGCGGCGGGGAGCUUCGACGACAUUCUUGCCAUCACGGGGUUCACCACAUGCUUGGGCAUGGCCUUUGCCACAGGCUCCACUUGGUACAACCUCAUGAGAGGUGUGAUGGAGGUGGCUGGUGGGAUGGUUGCUGGGAUUAUUCUUGGCUUCCUCAUUCAGUACUUUCCCAGUGUUGACCAGAAACAUUUAGUAAUGAAGCGAUCCUUCUUAGUGCUGGGCCUGUCUGUCUUUGCCGUGUUUGGCAGCGCAGUGGUCGGGUUCCCUGGCUCUGGAGGCCUCUGCACCCUGGUGCUUGCAUUCCUGGCUGGCCUCGGCUGGGGUGCAGGAAAGGCUCGUGUGGAAGAAGUGGUAGGGUGGGCGUGGGACGUUUUUCAGCCUCUACUCUUCGGAUUGAUAGGAGCCGAGAUCAGACUCUCUGAGUUGGAGGGACAUACAGUUGGUCUUGGUAUAGCCUCUCUGCUCAUCGCCCUGCUGAUUCGUAUCCUGUUCACUUUUGUCUGUGUUCUGUGUGCGGGCUUUACCAUGAAGGAAAAAGUGUUCAUCGCUCUGGCGUGGAUGCCCAAAGCCACAGUACAGGCAGCUAUAGGCUCCACAGCUCUGGACACUGCCAGGACCAGGAACGACCCGCAGCUGCAGAAGUACGGCAUGGAUGUGCUAACUGUGGCUGUGCUGGCCAUCCUUCUCACAGCUCCAAUAGGAGCUCUUAUCAUAGGGCUCGCUGGACCCCGCCUGCUACAAAGACCAAAGAACUCAACCUGUGGUGAGCGAGUCAAACCCAAUUUAUCAGCUUUUUUCUUAGGCACAGCAGCAGGAGCCGAAGAUGAAAAUGAAAGUCCCGUCACCUAUGAGAGUACGCUUUGACGUCCCCUGUCUUCAUACAGCAAACAUUUUUAAAAGACUUCAGGUGUGCUUUCACACCUCAGACAUUUGAGUUUUUUCUUUAGCCACCAAGUGGCUCUCUGUGUCUCUUUUUGUAAGUCAGCUCUUAAUGUUUGCCAUGCUGCAGGAACACAUGAAUCACUGUAUUUAUAGCAAGUUUUGUUUUCAGACCUCAGGCUCCAAACAAAUGACCCACAUCCCACAGCUGCACUGUCAAAUGAAUGUUUAAUCUAAUAAUGAGUGUGCAGCAUGAUUAGAGGUUACUUUUUUGUAAAGGUGAAUGGUUUUAUUACAUUGUUGGAAACAAUAUGCUUUGUCUGGACAAAAAGGUGGAAUCGCUGUAGCAAUGCUUCCUUGAUUUAAAUUAGACUACUGCUUCAUUUUUAGGUGUUUGCACUCAGUUCAAAAUAACUGCUUUGUGUUUGUGUUGUUUCUUUUGCGUUUCUUUUGAUUAUGUAUGUAUUAGCGGUGUGUCUUGGUGAUGAGAAGGGUACAUGUAGUUUACAAAGACUCAGGGUUGGUUCUUAAAGGAGCAAUAUGUAACUCUGACACGUAGGGUUUAAAAUGAGUGCUGCAAUCCAAAUUCAAAAUGUUGGAGAGAGAGAGAGCUCUCUCGCCCCUCUAGCCAAUAAGCACGCAGGUUGCCACAACCCUGACCCGGAAGCUUCAGUGUUUAGCCAGCUGUGCACUGGUCUUCUGCAUCUCUUACCUCUCUUCAUUUAAAAAAAAAAACAAAAAAACAUCACUAUCACUAUGACUACAGAGAGACACUGCGGAGGCUUAAAGGGCAAACUAGCAUGUGAUCAAUCAUGAUUUUAAGAAAAAUGCAUGAAGGUCAGGCCUUAAUGAAUCGUGAUUAAUGAGUUAAUUAAUUAAUGAGUUAAUGCCAUGUCAAGCAUGAGCCCACAUCCAUCAGGCUCAUGAACAAAUGAUCUAUUUCUUAUUUAUUUUUAACACCACUCUUUUAACCGCUUAUAACAAUUAUUUAUGACCUAUUUAUCAUGCUUUUAAUAGAGCCACUUGUAUGUGUGUGUUUCUGCUGUUGUUUUUGUGUCUAGCUGUAGGCGCACUGAUGCUCUUUCACACAAAUGGCGUUCCUAACGGAUAAAUAAAGUUAUUUGAAUUUGAAAUGCUAGCAGCCCUUGGUAGAAUCUGGUACAUGAACCAGUUGGCAUGCCCGCUUCCAUCGCUGCAACACCUGCCGACUUGCUGUGAUAACUAGUCUCAUAUCCAGCAAACUGAGGGGCGUCUAAAACAAUUGUGUUGUUGCCUUAAAACCACCUACCUUCUCUGGUCAAAACAAAUACAGACCAUUCAGGAUCAGAAUCGAGUUUAGAAGGACAUACUGGCUGCUGCAUUGUUGUCAGAAAAGCCAGCACUUCAACAUAGCAUGUUUCCUUAACGUCUGAUGAUCUAGUAAGGUUUAUGAUUUAAGUCAGUAGAUAUCUUACAUAUUGCUCCUUUAACCAAACACUACAUUUUUUUAAAGCUUUAUAUACAAUGCUGCUGAAGCUCCUAUCUUCUACAUGCAAAAUGUCUGCAUUUAUUCUAAUGAAUGUUCAAAAGAAUCAGGUCCAUAUUUCAAAGAUUUAUUUAAACCUUACUUUUUGUAGUUGAAUUAUGUUGGAAAAUAGAGAUUUCAUGUUUGUUACACACGUGAUUUUUUUUUUAUUACAGAAGUAUGCAGUGUACCUGAAGAUGUUUUUUGAUUUGUUUAAAUCUAUUUACAUUUAAAAUGAUCUUUUAUAUUUGUCAGCAACUAUUUGUUGUUAGAAUAACAUGAUUGAGUAUUAGUUUUUUACCAAAUAUUCUUUAAAAUAAAUGAUAAAACAUGACAA